UGGAUCACACCGAUGGCCAAAAGAUACAUGAACCUGUGCGUGGCGGGCUAAGCAAAGCCAAGUACCAGGAUGCUCCGCCAGAAAAGCGAGGCCAUCAUGUUCGCCCAACGCCACCGAUCCGAUUGGCUCCCUCCAAACCACCAAAAACGCAGCGCACCGCCUCCUCCAAAGAUCCGAGUUUGUGACUACUGCAUCGUCUCUCUCUCUCUCUCGCCCUCUCUCCCGUCUCCUGCAGACCCUCAACGACCGACCGCUCCCACCGUCCAUCACCGCUCUCCCGCACAACCCCGUCACCAUGGCCCGCGGCAACCAGCGCGACAAGGCCCGUGAGGCCAACCAGAAGAAGCUGGCCUCCCAGAAGAAGGGCAACAGCAUGAGCGGCACCGAGAUGCAGCGCGCCAAGGAGUCGGCCGCUGAGAUCAUGCGCAAGAAGCAGGCUGCUGCCGAGGCCAAGAAGGCCGAAGCGGCGGCCAAGUAGUCGGUCGCCUUGGACGAAUGCUGCCGGUUUUGCUCGUGGGUACACAACGGCCGUCGACUCGGUCGCCGUCGAAUUUGAUUGCGUACGACCGGUCAGACAACAUCACGAGAUGGAUGGACAGAUGGAGGCGCAGAACGGCGCGGACAGCACGGCAUGACCAUGACUUAUACAACGAUUAUGCGAAUUAUUCCAGGAUAGCAAAGGCGAAGCGGUGCACGGAUUUGGGUUGCCUUAGACAAGAAAUACCAUAGACGCUUAAAUGCACCUUGUCGCGAUGCUGCUCGUCUCAACUUGUCCUGUGGCCAUGUCUUCACGUGCAAAUACGGUCCAUCAUAAUGGUGAUUGGGAGCCAGCUAAUGCAGGCUACGCAAAACAAUGGGUCAUCAAGCCGGUCGCAAAUUCAUUCACAAGCAAUAUAAUUUCAAACAUGG